GUCAAGGUUAAAUAAAUUCAAAUGAGAAAUAUUGCCAUGGCAGCUCGCUGAAAUAUAUUUAUUUUCAGUUAACAUUUACUUGAUCUAUCGUCUGAGGAGCAGGAUCCUGUGUGUGUGUGUGUGUGUGUGUGUGUGUGUGUGCGGGCUGGUACAGAUGAGAUCUCAGUGAAGGGUGAACGCCAUAAUAAAGAGAGAGAGAGAGAGAGCGAGCGGGCGAGUGAGAGCGUGCACGUGAGGGUGAUGCAGUGCACAGGGGGCGGAGCUUAGCAUCAGCCAAGACCCCGUCUGAUUCUCCAUCUCUGUGUGAACCAGUGUCUGUCCAUCUCUCUCCUCCGUCUCUCUUCUGGAAUAUUCUGAGCGACAGGAAGUGUGUGUGUGUGUGUGUGUGUGUGAGGUGAAACGUCUCGGCCGAGGGGAAGGAUGGUUUUGCCAAAUGCUUUGGAGGCGGUUCUCAUCCAAGUGCAUGUCUCCUGGACAUCUGCACCCUCCCUCCGCACACCAUGAGCCGGACCAACCGCGUCUCCUGCUCAAUGCUCAACUGCUUCGGUGAGGAGGGGCCGCCCAGUCUGGAGUACAUUCAGGCCCGGGACCUGUUCCCCCAGAAAGAGCCGGUCAAAGAAGACGACGCUCUGCAGGUCCCGUUUCCUGUCCUGCAGGGCGAGUGGGUCGAGUUCCUGGGCCGUGCGGACGAUGCCAUCAUCGCCAUCUCCAACUACAGACUUCACAUCAAGUUCAAAGACUCCAUCAUCAACAUGUAUCCUGGUGUGGACAGUGAGAUCUCUGUUCCUCUGAGGCUGAUUGAGGCCGUUGAGAGCAGAGAUAUGUUUCAGCUGCACAUCAUCUGCAAAGACUCCAAAGUAGUGAGGUGUCAUUUCUCGACGUUCAAGCAGUGCGAAGAGUGGCUGAAGCGCUUGAACAGAGCCAUCGCACAUCCGGCCCGUCUGGAGGAGCUGUUCGCGCUGGCGUAUCACGCCUGGUGUUUAGGAGGAAACACAGACGAUGAAGACCAGCACCUGCACCUGUGCAGACCAGGUGAUCACGUGAGGCACAGGUUGGAGGUGGAGGUGAAGCGGAUGGGAUUCGACAUGCAGAACGCCUGGAGAGUGUCUGAUAUCAAUAACAACUACAAGUUGUGUUCGAGUUACCCACAAAAGCUGCUGGUGCCCGUCUGGAUCACAGAUAAGGAGCUGGAGAGCGUGGCCUCCUUCAGGUCCUGGAAGAGGAUUCCUGUGGUGGUGUACAGGCACCAGCGAAACGGGGCGGUCAUCGCCCGCUGCAGUCAGCCGGAGAUCAGCUGGUGGGGCUGGAGGAACACUGAGGACGAGUAUCUGGUGACGUCUAUAGCGAAGGCCAGUCAGCUGGACGCCGGGCUGAGGGCUUGCAGGACCAGAGGAGACGGACCGGACUCGUACGACAGUGACUUCGACUCGUCUCUGACAGCUUGUCCCGCUCCUGACGGCAGCGGCGUGGCACAGAAGUUACUGAUUCUGGAUGCACGCUCUUACACCGCCGCCGUAGCCAAUCGUGCCAAAGGAGGAGGCUGCGAGUGUGAAGAGUACUAUCCCAAAUGUGAGGUGAUGUUCAUGGGCAUGGCCAACAUCCACUCCAUCAGAAACAGCUUUCAGUCUCUCAGAGCCGUUUGCAGUCAGAUCCCAGAUCCUGGCAACUGGCUCUCGGCUCUGGAAAGCACCCGUUGGCUGCAGCACCUGUCCGUUAUGCUGAAGGCGGCGUCUCUGGUGUGCUCCGCGGUGGAGCGUGAAGGAAGACCGGUGCUGGUGCACUGCUCAGACGGAUGGGACCGGACGCCGCAGAUCGUGGCCCUCGCAAAGAUCCUCCUGGAUCCCUUCUACAGGACCAUAGAGGGUUUCCAGGUGCUGGUGGAGACCGAGUGGCUGGACUACGGUCAUAAGUUUGCGGACCGCUGUGGUCACCAGGAGAGCGUUGAGGAUGUGAGUGAACAGUGUCCUGUGUUCCUGCAGUGGCUGGACUGUGUUCAUCAGCUCCUCAAGCAGUUCCCCUGCCUCUUCGAGUUCAACGAGGCCUUUCUGGUGAAGCUGGUUCAGCACACGUACUCCUGUCUGUACGGCACCUUCCUGUGCAAUAACGCCAAAGAGCGCGAGGCCCGAAACGUGUAUAAACGCACCUGCUCCGUCUGGUCGCUCCUCCGAAACGGAAACAAGAACUUCCAGAACUUCCUCUACAUCCCAUGCCAUGAUAUGGUCUUGCAGCCGGUCUGUCACACUCGAGCGCUGCAGCUGUGGACGGCUGUGUAUCUGCCCUCGUCCUCGCCGUGCACCGCUGCUGAAGAUGCCAUGGAGAUCUACCUGAGCCCUUCGGCCGGAGGAGACGAGUUCAGCUCGCGCUCCCUCGACAGGCUCCCCAAAACACGGUCCAUGGACAACUUGGUGUCUGCGUGUGAGAGCGGCGUGAUGCUGACCCGCACCUCGAGUGACCCCAACCUGAACAAGCACUGCCAGGAGGGUCGUCCGGCGCUGGAGCCCAACCAACCCACAGUUAUCCACAGCGACGCUUCGCCCGAGGACCCUCCGAUCGCCGGAUCGAUCAGCGCGGAGCACACGUGUGAGGAACAGAGCUCUUCAAUAACUGUUGAGGAUGGUUUGAGGGCGGAGCCUUGUUUGACAACUCAGCCUCCACCGUAUUUGCCUCACCCCUUAGCAGUAGAUCAAGCCCCGCCCCUUCCAGUCACAAACCAAGCUCCGCCUCAAAACCCAGUUUGUUUACUGCAGGAAGUCAGGACUGCAGAAAACACAAAUCCCACUCCUCUUUGUAACAGCUUUGAAAACUCUAGCAGAUCUGUUGACUCUGAAGCGAUCGCGCCAUUGGAGGCGUCAGUAGAGACGCUAACAGAGCAAAGCGUGAUUCCUCCGUCUAGGAAAGAAGCCACCUCUGUUGAAUCAAACCUUGCUUUUAAUGCGCCGCUACGAAACUGCGAACUGGUUCCCACGAGAGAACGGACGCCACCUGGUGACUACGCCAAAGCAGCGCGACGUUUGAUUUCCCAAAGCCAGCUGGCGGAGCUAUCUCUGCUAGGCUCCCAAUGGGACAGCGUCAUCCAACAUGGCAGCUAUCACAGCCGCCGGUUGGCGAACAAGCUCCUCCGCGCACACACUGAGAGCGCUAACGGCGGGCCGUGCUGUCGCCGAGACCCCCUGCGCGCUCCUGGGAGCCCCAUCCAGUCCGGUUGGUUCUCCGCGGUGAAGAACUCCAGCUACGCUGCGCUUUGUUCCUCGGCCGCGUCUUCGCUAGCGAUGGGGCCGUCCUUCCGGCAGCUUCUUCUGCCUCAUUCCUCUCCGUCCUCCAGCGGCUCUCCGGUGCACCUGGACGACGACGGCCUGCCGGUGGCGGUGGACGCGGUGCAGCAGCGGCUGCGGCAGAUCGAGGCCAGCUACAAACAGGAAGUGGAGGUGUUGAGGCGGCAGGUUCGACAGCUGCAGCUCAAACUGGAGAGCAAGCAGUCCUGCACGACGCCCUCCGAACCCGACGUCGACUACGAGGACGACAUCACGUGUCUGCGUGAGUCAGAUGGCAGUGACGAGGAAGACUCUCUGUCCAAUCACAGUGAGGAUGGCUUCAGCGAGGGCAGCUGGGAUCGUGUGGAGAGGAAGGACACAGAGGUCACCAGAUGGGUGCCGGAUCACAUGGCCUCUCACUGCUUCAGCUGCGACUCUGAGUUCUGGAUCGUCAAGAGACGUCAUCACUGCAGGAACUGUGGGAACGUGUUCUGUAAGGACUGCUGUCACCUGAAGCUGCCGAUCCCAGACCAGCAGCUGUACGACCCGGUUCUGGUGUGUAACUCCUGCCACGAUCUGCUGCUUGAGUCCCGCACACGAGAACUGCGCUCGCAGCAGCUGGAGAAACCCAUCGCCACCGCCUCCAGCUGAGACGGCCAAUCACAGCGCGCCUCACACGCCGCCGUCCAAUCAGAGCCGCUCUCUCCUCUGGAGUCCGGAUCCACUCGAGGAACGACGGGGUCGAUGCAGUUUGCGAUGAAAGGGUGUUUUUAUCUCUUCAGAUGAUUCUCUACUCGAGGCCAGGACUGAAUCCUUAGGUUCAAAAGGCCCACACAGAGGCGUUUCUUCAUCUCAGAUGUCUAUCGAGAGGCUCACUAUUUAAAACCACGCUGCUACAGUAUUUAAAAACGAACUCUAUUUUCUAUCUCUAUUAUUUUUGUGCACUACGGAGAGGGUUCGAGACCAAAACGGAGCUGUUUUCUCGCCUGAUAUGAAGCUUGAAUGUACAUUUGUUUGGUUUAUUCUUGUUUUCGGGGGAUUGGCGCGUGCAGUUGCUGAAUUAAAGCGGCCGGUUUGCAUUGAUUUGAUCACAGUGUUUUUGUUUUUCCUCCGCUUUUUACAGUUUUGGUUUCCGCUCUCGUUUGAUAAAUUCUAAUUGCCAAAAUCAAACUCGAAUUGCAACAUAUCAGUAACACAUAAACAAAAUCACUCCUAAAUUCAUGUGUCAUCCGGCUGGUUGUGUGUUAGUCGCACGAGAAAAACCCAUUUCUGCUCCGUUGUUGUGUAAGUUCUGGUCAAACUAGCCAUGUUGCAUUGCUCCGUCUAUUUUAGCGAACUAAACCAGUUAUGAUGAUUAAUAUUUCAGACUGAAACCCGUGAAUCAUUGGAUUGAAAUGACUCUAAACAGCAGUACAUGUUCAGAAACAAGUGCUAGGAUUCCUACAGAUUGUGUUUUGUGAAUGGUGAACCUCUCAACAGUGCCAUGUGCUUUAUUUUCUUAUGGAUUCACUGAUUUGUAACUUGUUUAAUUGUACAACGGCUAGAGGCUUAACGACGAGAAGACGAUUAGUGGAGAAUCGAUCAGGUUUAAAACACUGAUUUUUCUUCUCCGUGGUGCUGACGAAGGACACUUUCUUUUUUUUUUCUUUUUUUUUUUGAGUUAAUGCAUUAAAAAGGAACCCAGAAAUGUGAUGUAUAGUUAUUUGGUCUGUAAUAGUGGCUCAAAUGUGUCACUUAGUGAAUAAUUGUUGUAAAGAAAUGCACUGUAUGAGUUCAAUCCCAUGGGUUAAAUAAAAAUAUUCAUCUUUAUCAGC